AUGGUUGCAUUCACUUCAUCUCCGAAAGAGCAAAAUAUAGAGAUUGCUGGUAUUGCGGCACUGUUCAGUGAAAGUUUCAUUCAAUCAUUACCAAAUCUUGAAGCACUUCUUGUGAGAAAAGCUCCCUUCAAUGAAAUAUUUCAAUGCCAAGGAGUUGGGGGUAAAGAGGAACAUCCAGGGGCACCUGCUCGGUUGAGUGAAGUAACGCUGAUAGAACUUCCUGAGUUGACAGAUAUCUGGAAGGAAGAAUACCAAAUUGGAGAAAUUUUCAGUAACCUGGGAACUCUAGAAAUGUCGAAAUGUGACAAAUUAAAGACUUUAGUGCCAUCCUCUGUGUACCUUAAAAAUUUGACAACUCUGCAAGUGUCAAAUUGUCACGGGCUUAAGAAUUUAGUUUCAAUCCCAACGGCAAAAAGUUUGGUGGUACUCACAAAAAUGAUUGUUACUAAUUGCCAAAUGAUAGAAGAAAUCAUAGCUCAUGGAAGUGAUGAUGUGAAGGACAGCAUUGUGUUCUCCCAGCUGGAGUCUUCGGCGAUUGGCAGUCUUCCGAGCUUAUCAAGCUUCUGCUCAGGGAAUUAUGCCUUUGGAUUCCCUUCCCUGGAAGAGGUUAUUGUGACAAACUGUCGAAAGAUGAAAAUUUUCUGCCGAGGAGAGUUAACUGCACCAAGUUUGCAGAGAGUGAAAUUUGCUGAAGAUAAAGAGCAUUGGGAUGGCAAUGUAAACACAACCAUGGAAAAAAUUUUCAUAGAAAUGAAUUCUAUAGCGGAGGAAGGUUGUCUGACACAAGCUCAAGCUGGAUAA